AUGUUCGAACGACUACCCCAAGAGCUCUUGAACUUCAUUUUCAGUGAGAUAUCUAUCAAAGACGUCAAGAGUCUGUGUCAGACAUCAAAACACUUCCAUUCUUCUACUCUGCAGACCCUCUGGGCAUCUGUAGUCAUCCCGGCAUGGAGUAAGAACGACACUUACGGAAUUGGUAUCGACGGCUUUCCUCUCGAAAGACUGGCGUUUACGAAAUCUAUCAGUCUACGGUUUGUAACCGAGAGCGAUACAAGAGCCUGUCCGCAUAGUCGAAGACUACAGACCUGUCAACGAGCAAAGGAUGGAGAAAUCGUCGAAGAACGAGGUUCCUUUGAAAAGUUCAAUGAGGUUCGUCGAUUGUCUUCAGUAAUCCUCCGAAGAAGGGCUGACAGAAUCAAACCCAGUUGGGAUCUAGGAACGUGUAUACCGACUCCCAUUCUAGGGAGUGAUGGCAUUGUCGCCUGUCAGCAGUCUACGAUUAGUACUCUGAAACUCACAACGUACCCCUUUUGCCAACGCUACAACUCACGCGAACGAAAAAUCGACUUAUCUUCUUUCCAUCAUCUCCUAAAUUUCAGUUGGAGAGGACCCAGCUCAGAUAAUCUCAGAGCACUUGCCACCUCACUCAAAAACAACAAGCCGCACCUUGACACUUUGGAAAUUGACCUAGUCGACUGGCCACACUUGCGCAAGGCAUUGGGGUAUCAAAACGAUGUUGAGAGAGUGCGCAGGAUGAGAGCAAGAGAUUACGUGAACAAGAUGAUUCUCGGCCUCGACACACACUCUCCACACAUCACGUUUCCCAACUUACAUACCCUGGCGCUCAGUCGUGUGCCUCUGACCGCGACGCUUGUACAAUCUAUCAACUUUGAGGUUCUUAGAUCGCUGACAAUUCGGUCCUGUCCACAGUGGUACGAUUUCGUGCUAACAAUAGCACGGCGAAGAAUCCCAGUGAGAUUGAAGAAGCUCGAGCUCCAGGAAUCUUGGCCCAAGAAUGAUGCAGGACCGACGAUUUUGAAGACGGGGACCCAACCGAAGUUCUAUUAG